AUGGGGACCACAACCAAAUUAACCAGGGAUGAAAAUGGUGUCAAAGUUGAUCCUACACUAUAUAGAAGUAUGAUUGGUAGUCUUCUAUAUCUUCCAGCUAGUCGUCCUGACAUAUGCUAUAUUGUUGGAGUCUGUGUUAAGUAUCAAGGGAAUCUUAUGGAAUCUCAUGUAGUGGCUGUGAAAAGAAUUAUUCAUUAUGUACAUGGGACUGUUGAUUAUGGUAUUUGGUAUUCUAAUGACACUAAUUCUAACCUCGUGUGCUUUAGUGAUGCUAAUUGGGUAGGUAAUGCAGAUGACAGAAAAAGCACAAGUAGUGGAUGCUUCUACCUAGGCAACAAUCUUGUUUCAUGGCAUAGCAAAAAGUAG